GCCUUCGGAUGACAACUCCCGUUGGAGUGUUUCAGAGGGUGCUGUGACCAGUAAUGGUGUAUUUAGUUCGGGCUCUCAGGAUUAUGGGUGUAUAAGAUAGAAUCUGUUAUCACUAACUCAGUGGCUUUCGUAGACAGUGAGCUUUGCCAAAAAUGACAACUCACAGUAAACAGGAGCUUCAGACUCAUGUCUUUACGGACGGAGACAAGUGUCGUCUGAUCGACUGCGUUAAAGUUGAGGAGACAAAAAAUCGGAGGAAGAAGUUUUCAUGGCUCGCGUUAAGUAUCGAUGCUAGUUCAAAAGUCCACAUCACUUGGAUUAAAGGAAAAGAUUAUACGAAGAAACAUAAAUGGAAAUUGCAAGAGGUAAAGACAGUUGACCUAUGCCACAAGGAUGGUAAAGAUACGCCAGAGUUUGAAAUGCAUCUUGACAGUCUGUACAAGUGGUCAGCAGUAAGUAUUGCUGAAAGAGAUUCCUUCGUUCGAAGUCUUUACCGCUAUGCUAGAAAACUGCUUCCGGCUAAUGACCCAAUACGAUUCAAAAAUUACCGAAGUGAUCUCUUCGAAGAUCUCCAGAUGAGUGCAGAACUAGCAGCGAAACUGCAAGCUACCGAUGGGUUUGUAUAUUGCUAUGUUUCAUUGUGGAUGGAGAUUUGCAUCAAAGUGUCUCGGUGCGCAUAUCGAUGCAAAUACACACAUAGUUGCAUGAACAUACCACCAACUGAUAUAAAAUAUAAUAGCGCAAAAUUACAAUAUUCUUUUGAGGUGAUAGGCAUUUUCGGCGAUAUUUUAAACAAAUGGUGUGAAAUCUUGCUGUUUGCUGUAGUAAUCAGAUUGAUUGAAGGCCGUUUCAGCAGCAGGCCACUGCUGAUACAACCAUUAUUAAUAUUUGAUAUUUUUGAACCUAGUGGCCGUGAUCUGGAUGUGGCUACCGAGUACCAGGCGCUUUCCGCGAAAGAAGAAUCCGAUUUAGAGACAUUAAUGAUUAAAUAUGAAUUUGCCAUCUCAAACGCUGAGGCGUUCACAGAACAGUUAAACCGCGAACUCUCUAACCUUGACGCAGCAAACGUACACGCAAUUAUGGAGAGCGAACGAAAGGUCCAGAGCUUGAUGGAUAUGUUCGAUACCGUUAUUGGUGAGGUAACCCACUUAGAGGAUCGGCUAGAUGCGUAUGAUGCUCUCCUUCGAGAGGUUCGUGACUCCGUCCUUCGGAUGGAAGAGAAGGAUGCUGUCAUCCACGUGCAAAACGACAAUAUUGAAAGAUUGCGCCAACUUCUCGAAGGCAUCGUCACUCGAAGGGAUCUUAUCCACGAACAUGAGAUGACUUUGCUGGGACCGAAAGACCUCGACACCGAAGAGGGCCUGGCUAGAUGUUUUGAGGCAGCCAUGGCCUUAGAGGAAGCCAUGUCCGUUCCAAUGCAUCCCGCCCUUAGUGAAAUGACGGCGGUAAAAGACCGCAACAACUCGCUCGAAAAUCUCAAAAAAUGUGUUACGAGAUGUCUGUCUCACUAUAUAAACGACCAACUGAUUAAAAUUAGCGUCGACUAUGGAUCGGGCCGGCGUACAAUAGCGGCCGGGGAGCCUGUUCUGCGAAAGCACGAAUUUGUGCAUAAUUCGUUGAAACCAUUCUCCCCAUUGAUGGCAUGGCUGAAACGAAAUGAUGACGUCACAUAUCAAUUUAUUAAGAAUAAUUAUCUCGAUCGCUUUGGACAAAUCUACCAACAGGAAAUCAUUAUAUUUUUUGAGCAAGCUAAUGCCAAACUUCGCUUUGAAGAAUCGCGCAGCGCUAGCGGUAUCCUUGACACCAAGAAGGGGACGCUCGUUUUAAAUGCUCAGGAAGGUGUCGUGAGCACGCCGACGAAACAACGAACCACUUGUCUCUUGGGUAUGGCCAGCGAGUUGUUCUGCGCAGGAGAGGAUGAAGUGGCUCGCCAAAUGUUUGACUUAUUUCUUGAACGUAUUUUGACGUCUCUAGAACCAGCAUACCUAGCUGAACAGCACUUUUGCAUCCAAUUCCUUGAUCUAACAACCCAGAAGGGUACCAGGCUCUAUGGUGCAGAGGGAUUGGGCGUUUUAGAUGGAAGUGCGAUGUCUUCUGGUUCAAGGACGCCGUCGAAAAGUACGUCUGUCGAUGAACUCGAUUCAGUGUCCCGCACAUCAAGUGACGAGAUACUUUCCAGACUCAAGAAACGUGACAGAGAUAUUGGGCAAGAGGUGAGAGAUGUUAUGGCUAAACUAUUUGGAUCGCUUGAGGAUGAGCUAAACAAAUUCGUGGCCGCGUAUGACCAAGUCUACUCGAUGUAUCUAUUGGUCCGGCUUUGUCAUCAUACGAUUCAGACCCAAGACGCGGGGUCGUACCUCUGUAAACUUUAUGGCAUGGCUCUGGUGAACGCUAAGCGAAAUUUUGACCACUACAUGAGCUCACACAUAACCAGUAUCGCUGAGGCAAAACCUCCUCGAAGGAACAAAUGCGGUAUAAUUUCAUUUGUCUCAAACUUUGAAGAGUUCGCUAAUCAGUGUGAAGCUGUCUUUAAAGGGAGCGACAGGAAAGGCGAUUUGCAGAAGUGGUACUCGAAGAUUGUUCACGCAAUUUUCGAUGGGAUUGUUCGUAUAUCUGUAGAACAUGGUCGAACACCACCCGAAGUAGUUCGUAUGGAGAAUUAUCACCACAUGCACGACAGUCUGUAUAAGCUGAAAAUACUUGAAGAUGAUAGAAAAGAGGCUAAAGAAAGAUACAACAAAGCACUCAAGUCCUAUGUGACGAACUACUUUGGGCGUCCCCUCGAGAAGUUGAACGUAUUCUUUGAUGGCGUUCAGGCUCGACUGGAUACCGGAACGAAAAAAUCUGAUGUUUGCUUCAUACAUCAAUAUUCGAAAUCUGAACUACGAAAAGUUAUACACGAGUUUCCCGGCAAGGAAGUAAAGAAAGGACUCGAAGCUUUGUACAAGAAAGUAGAAAAGCAUUUGUCACCUGAAGAAAACCUGCUACAGGUGGUGUGGCGAGACAUGCAGGAUGAAUUCAUCCGGCAGUACAAAGCUAUCCAGACGUUGCUUGAUAGUUGUUAUUCGGGAUCUAUGAUUCAACUCGAGUUCUCCAUCACAGACCUUCUCGAAUACUUUUCCGAUAUAGCGAAACAGCAUUAGUGUUUGGUAGUGAAUAGUUCAGUCAAGUUCACACUACUUGAUUUCUCCAGUGAAAACUUAUUUAUUGUUUACUUAGAACCUUAGUUGUAAUACCCUCAAUAUUCAGACAAAAAACUAAGGGACAAUUAGUCUGACGUUACAGUACGACCUUAAAAAUGUAAGCAUAAUCUAUAAUGCCUGUGAUAAGGUAUUAUAUGAUGAACUGUUAAAUUGAGAGUCGCACCUUGUUUUUCACUCAAAAAUUGAUUACUCAACAAAAUAUGUUAUAGGUAACGUCAGAUACAUAUAGCAGGUUCUAGUACAUAGGUAAAUGCAAAUGGUGGUUCAAUAUUACAGAACCAAAAGAUGGAAUCUACAAACGCUUUUAAAAAAUAUUGCUUCGGCAUGAACGGCGAUCUGGUUGUGAGCCGAUAAAACAGUAGCUCCAUUAUGGACAGGCGUACAAUAUGGCUUAACAAGGCCUACUCAAUAUGCGUUUAUAGAGAAUAUUACUAUGCGUUAAAUGGUACUACUCUGUUGUUUGCAACACUUCUCUGUAUUUUAUUUAACACCUUCGAAUAAUAACUAGCGAUAACUAACACAGAUACCUACUAUAUGGUUUGAGUUCAUGAAAAAUGUGUAGUUGUUGCAGGGAAAAUGUAGGCACAAAACAAGCAAAUGAUGGCCAUACGGUGAUCAUGCUGUACACUUGAACAACUCGCAUAUACAAAACCGUUUGUGAAAAAAGACUCUUUGUAACUUCUAAUGUACCUAUUAGGCUAGCUAGCAUUUUUCCGAGGCUAGCUAGCAUUUUUCCGUUACUUAAAUAAGCUGUAAUCAGCGUUAAGUCACACAGCGCAAACUGUUAUAUGCUACUCUAAAAAUACAAAAUCUGACUAGAAAUAUAGAUACAUAUACAAAUAUUCUAUGACCGACGGCGGUAUACUAGCUAAGAAUAAACUAAUGUUAGUAUAGUCAACUGAAAAAUGUAAAUUAAAUAAGAAAAAUGCAAAUGAAGUAUUUCCAUAUAUAUAUAAUAAUUUUCAAGACUGCCUGGUUAUGGGUAGUGUACAUGGUGUUUUUGAAGACGAUCGAGUUUUACUUUCGAACGUACUAUUCGCAGCAUACUGUGAGGUAAAUUGAGUUGCUAUUCACCCACCUGAAUAAAAAUAUUCAUCUUUUGAGUAACACGUAAAUUACAAGAUUUAUAGAUGUGAGAAAAGAGUGAAUAUUUUCAUAAAUAUUUGCAUAAAAUUCGUGUCUUUAUUUUCAGCAUGUAGCUCUCUAUGUUAGUAUCAGAAUUAAAGUUUUUACUAUUAUUAACAUUAUUAAUACAAAUUGACUUACAAGUAUCGAUCCAUGCUGGUACCCCGCGUUUUCCUUUGACUUUUCGAUUGUGCAAAG